GCCCUUUCCUGCCGAAACAGCCACGUCGCGUCGAACCUCAAACUCAUCUCGAUCUUCGUGAUCUUCUUCACAAGCGUAAUCGGCAUAUCAUCGCCGGUAAUGCUAGCUCGGCUGUUCCACGGCAAGUCGGUCUACGACAAGGCGAUCCUCAUAAUCAAGUGCUUCGCGGCCGGAGUAAUUCUCUCUACAUCGCUCGUCCAUGUCCUCCCAGACGCCUUCGACGCCCUCGCCGACUGCCAGGUGGCGUCUCAACUCCCCUGGAAGGACUUCCCCUUCUCCGACCUCGUCACUCUAAUCGGAGUCCUCGCCGCCCUGUUAGUCGAUCUAACCGCUUCCUCGCACGUCGAUAGCCAUGGAAAGUCGAGCAUCUCCCUCUCGGCUCUCUCUGCGUAACUCAGCUCCACCUCCUACAGACGCUGUGACCUUCAAGGCCUCUCAGGAGUGGUGCUUUUGAGCUGCAACCUUGCUGACAAAGCUCUUUCUGUUUCCAAGGUGAUUUCCAUCAAGGGAGAGGCCUUCAUGCCGACAAGCUUAGGAACUAGCUCCUCUGCAGAGCUAUUGUGGCUAGUGACAGGUGUAUCCAACUUACAAGGUUUUGAUUCCACGUCUUUGGCUCAUGUGCGGGCUAUAUCUGGUUUUAGCAAACCAAACCAAAAAAAAAUAAAAAAUAAAAAAUAAA